AUGGCUUCUCUAUCUUCUCUUCUAUCACUUUCUCCAUAUUCUCAAUGCAAACCCCAGUCCUCCAUUCCUUCAAAAUACAAGGCAUUAAGUAUUAAUAUGUCUCAUGCAAAGCCUCAAAAGGAGAAAAAUCACCAAAACCCUCAGGCUCAAGGAGACUCUCAAAUCAAAUUUGAUCGAAGAGAUGUGUUGUUUGGACUUGGAGGUCUUUACGGCGUCACCACUCUCGGCAGCAAUAAAUUUGCGUUAGCUGCUGAUGAUGAUUUGUCAUUGUCACCGGAUGUUCAAAACUGCGGACCGGCGGACACCCCUGUCGGCCCGAUGGACUGUUGCCCCCCAAAAAUCAACAAAAUCAUCGAUUUCACUAAGCCAAUCAACCCAAAACUUCAUGUCCGACCAGCAGUCCAACUUUUAACACCAAAGCAACUCGCCGAUUUCGAAAGAGGCAUCGAAAUAAUGAAAAACCUUAAACCAGACGACCCUCGUAACUUUUAUCAACAAGCUAAAAUUCACUGUGCUUAUUGUGAUAGUGCUUAUAAACAAAUAGGCUCUGAACAAACUGAUUUCCUAAUCUUACGCCAUUUUAUUGGUGACCCUGAUUUUGCCAUACCCUUUUGGAAUUGGGAUGCACCCAUUGGCAUGCACAUGCCUAUACAUUACAACGGCAACCCAAAUUCACCACUUUACGAUGCGAAUCGUAACCCCCUACACAAAGCACCAAAAGUUCUUGAUCUUAACUAUGACGGAUCAACCGAAAACCCUCCUUAUGAUGUGGUGGAUUGCAAUCUCCGUUGGAUGAAUAAACAAAUGAGUGUAAAAACCCCUACUCGGUUCCUUGGAAAAGUGUGCAAACUUGGGGAAACUCCAACUCUCGACGGCAUGGGUACGAUUGAAAGUUCUCCUCAUAAUAACGUUCACAAUUGGGUCGGUAAUUAUCCGAUAACUCCUAACGGUGAAGACAUGGGAGCUUUUUAUGCCGCAGCAAGAGAUCCCAUAUUUUAUGCUCACCAUGCAAAUGUGGAUCGUGUGUGGUAUAUUUGGAACAAAAUGAAUUCUGGACGUAUACCAUACAUUUACAGGCAAGAUUGGUUGAAUUCGACGUUUGUGUUUUAUGACGAGCACCGAAACGCUGUACGUAUCAAAGUUUCUGAUUGUCUGGACAGUGAAAAUCUUGGUUAUGUUUAUCAAGAUGUAGAGAUUCCAUGGUUGAACACCAAGCAAGUCCCGCGGACUAAACGAAGUACAGGCCAACCCGAGCCGCCGGUUAUUAACUUCCCGCAGACUCUGAGCUCGGCCAUAACCACAUCAGUGGAAAGGCCAAGUGGUGUAGAGCCACAGGAAAAUGAAGAAGAAGUUUUGGUGAUUGAAGAUAUUGAGUAUGAUCCAACUAAGAAUCUGCAUUUUAAUGUGCUUGUUGACGUUGUUGAUGAAGGGGAUGAUGUUUGUCCAGGGAAUGUUGAGUUUCUGGGAAGCUUUAAGAACAUCCCACACGGUUCAAAGCACGAAGCGAAGUCCUCGUUGCGUUUCGUGUUAACUGAGGCAAUUGAAGCUUUGGGUUUGCAUGAUGCUCGGAAGUUGGCUGUGAGGAUUGACCCUAAGCUUAAUGGAGAUCAAAUUAAAGUCGGAGGGAUCAAGAUUCAGAUUGAACCUAUCGAAUAA